GUAAUGGAUAGAUGCGGACGCUAACCUGUGCAAACUAACACGCCAGGCAAAACACCAGUCCCCCUUAAAGUCGCAACCAUGUUCGGCCGGUCACGGAGCUGGGUUGGAGGACAGGGGAAAACGAAAAACAUCCACUCCUUGGACCAUUUGAAGUAUAUGUACCAUGUCCUAACCAAAAACACCACAGUGACAGAUCACAACCGAAACCUUUUAGUGGAGACCAUCCGCUCCAUCACAGAGAUCCUCAUCUGGGGGGACCAGAAUGACAGCUCUGUGUUUGACUUCUUCCUGGAGAAGAACAUGUUCGCCUUCUUCCUGAACAUCCUGCGUCAGAAGUCAGGACGCUAUGUGUGUGUGCAGCUCCUCCAGACCCUCAACAUACUGUUUGAGAACAUCAGCCAUGAGACUUCCCUUUAUUAUCUCUUGUCGAACAACCAUGUGAACUCCAUCAUCGUCCACAAGUUUGACUUCUCAGACGAGGAGAUCAUGGCCUACUAUAUCUCCUUCCUCAAGACCCUGUCUCUCAAACUUAACAACCACACUGUGCACUUCUUCUACAAUGAGCACACUAAUGACUUUGCCCUGUACACCGAGGCCAUUAAGUUUUUCAACCACCCUGAAAGCAUGGUCCGCAUCGCAGUCCGCACCAUCACACUCAACGUCUACAAAGUUUCAUUGGACAACCAGCACAUGCUGCACUACAUCCGAGAUAAGACAGCAGUCCCAUAUUUCAGCAACUUGGUCUGGUUUAUUGGCAGCCAUGUCAUUGAGCUGGACAAGUGUGUGCAGACUGAUGAAGAACAUAAGAACAGAGGGAAGUUAAGUGACCUGGUUGCAGAGCACCUUGACCACCUCCACUACCUGAACGAUAUCCUCAUCAUCAACUGUGAAUUCCUCAAUGACGUUUUGACCGACCACCUGCUCAACCGUCUCUUCCUGCCCCUCUACGUCUACUCUUUGGUCAGCCCAGAGACGUCUGAAGACCGAAAGAUCAACCCUCAGGUGUCCCUCUACCUGCUGUCUCAAGUGUUUCUUAUCAUCCACUAUCAGCCAAUGGUGAACGCCCUGGCCGACGUUAUCCUCAAUGGAGACCUGUCUGUCUUCACCCCUCAGACAGACAUGCACAGCACACACAAGAACACGACCAGUGCAGGAGGUGUGCGUCGGUUCACCAAGCCCCCGGAGUCUCUUGAGCGCUCCCUGGAGCUGUCGCGCCACCGCGGCCGCAAGAGAACUCAGAAGAGGCCCAACUACAAGAACCUGGGCGAAGAGGAGGAUGACGAAAGGGCAGGGGGAGGGGGAGGAGGCAGCGGAGGAGGAGGAGAAGAGGGCUGGGACGACGAUGGGAGGGAGGGAGGCCGAGAGAGGGAGAAGGGAAAAGGUACAGAGGGAGUAGGAGGUGGGAGUUCUAAGGGAAGCAGAGCGAGUGGGGAGACGGCGGAAGAGAUAGAGAUGGUGGUGAUGGACAAGUGUAAGGUGUCAGAGCUGACAGAGCAGAACAUCACUGAUGAGGAGAAGACGGCUGCAGCCACCCGCACGCACGCACAGAGGAGCAGACCGUUCUUAGACAUGGUGUACAGUGCUCUCGACUGCACCAACGAUGACUACCACGCCCUGUUUGUCCUCUGCCUGCUUUACGCCGUCUCACACAGCAAAGGUAUAAACCGAGAUCUUCUGGAGCGUCUGCAGUUGCCAGUUCCAGACCAGGAGAGGAGCUCCUACAGCCUGGUGCUGGUAGAGAGACUGAUCAGAGUUAUGAGCCAGGCAGCACAGCCAGAUGGUAAAGUGCGUCUAGCUACCCUGGAGCUGAGCUGCCUUUUAUUAAAGCAGUCUGUGCUGUCUGGAAACCACUGUAUAAUCAAAGACGUUCACCUGGCCUGCCUGGAGGGUGCUAGAGAAGAAAGUCUGCACUUACUGAGGAGAUUCUACAAAGGCGAGGAGAUCUUCCUGGACAUGUUCGAAGACGAAUACAGGAGCAUGACGAGUAAGCCGCUGAACGUGGAGUAUCUUAUGAUGGACGCCUCCGUGCUGCUGCCGCCCACCGGUACCCCUCUGACUGGCAUCGACUUCGUCAAGAGGCUGCCCUGCGGAGAUGUGGAGAAGACACGCAAGGCGAUCCGUGUGUUCUUCAUGCUGCGGUCCUUAUCGCUUCAGCUUCAGGGAGAACCUGAGACGCAGCUUCCUCUGACCAGACCUGAAGACCUUAUCAAGACAGAUGACGUGUUAGACCUCAAUAACAGUGACCUCAUCGCCUGUAUGGUGGUCAGCAAAGACGGCGGCCAGGCCCAGAGGUUCCUCGCUGUGGAUGUGUACCAGAUGAGCCUGGUCGAACCAGAAACCAAGCGCCUUGGAUGGGGUGUCGUCAAGUUUGCCGGCCUUUUACAAGACAUGCAGGUGUCUGGCGUCGAGGACGACAGCAGGGCAUUGAACAUCGUCAUCCAUAAGCCCAGCUCCAACCCCCACGCCAAGCCUCUGCCCAUCCUGCAGGCCAACUUCAUCUUCGCCGACCACAUCCGUUGCAUCAUCGCCAAGCAGAGGCUGGCCAAGGGUCGCAUCCAGGCCCGGCGCAUGAAGAUGCAGAGGAUUGCAGCUCUGUUGGACCUGCCUGUGCAGCCCAGCGCAACGGAGGUGUUGGGUUUCAGCCAGACAGCCAACGCUUCACCCAGUGCCCUGCCUUUCCGGUUCUACGAGCAGUCGAGACGGGCGCCCAACGACCCCACGGCGAACAGAUCAGUGUUCGCCUCCGUCGAUAAAGUGCCAGGUUUUGCAGUGGCUCACUGCGUGUCGCAGCACAGCCCCUCACCCCUCUCCUCCCCCUCGCCUCCCUCCAGUGGGAGUGGGAGCACAGGAAGAUGUGACUCUGUUACUGCGAGCACUAUAUCAGCUCAGAGCCCCACAGAUGAUGGUGCAUUUUUGGAGCACACCCCGCCCUCCUCCUCAGGCGGAGAAGGGGAAGGUGGCGCUGGAGAAGUAAUGCUAGUCUCCUCUCCUCCCGCGGCCCCGGUUACAGCCCCGGCCCUGGCCCCGAGCCUCACCCCAGCGUCCCAGCCCACCAUCUCCCUCCUCACCGACAGCAGCACAGACACCCUCAGCGUGGAGUCGCUGACGUUGCUGCCCCCCGCCGACUCACCGCACCUGCACCCGUGCACCAGCCACAUCCCCGCGGCGCACUCCCUCCAGACACCAGACGCCUCCAUCGCAGAGGAGGAGGAGGACGACGAAGAAAAAGAGGGGGAUAGGAAAAGAGAGCCAAGAGAAGAGGAGGAGGUGUCGCCGACGGAUGAGACUGAGACAGAUGCGACGGUAAAGGAGGAAACCACGACGGCGGAGUUGGUCACGCCCACUGACGAGGAGCCAGAGGGUGGAGGUGAGCCUGAGGGCGAAGACACAUCUGCGGAGAUGAACAGAGACCAUGAGCUGCAAGGAAGAGACGACUCAGAGGGAGCAGAGAAGACAGAAGAGGCAGAGAUGCGCAGUGAAACACCAGACUCACCUGAACUGGAUUAAUCGACACACACACCGUCACAUUCAUGCACUUAAACUCGCCUCUUACGCGCACACAUACUCACACACCGAGGACAGUGAAGUGUGACUGUCACACUACCCAGCUUGGCUGCAGUACAUGUUCAUGUUGCGACCUGCCGGCAGUGUGUGUGAUGUGAACAGUGUUAGGGCCUUUCGGAGGCAUCUCAGCAUUUGUGUUAGCACAUGAAGAAAGACUCUUUUUGCUCACACACAGAGAGAGAGAGAGAGAGAGAGGGAGGGAGAGAGAGCAGAGGACGAGACAGACACCGGUCGAGCUCGAGGAAGGCUUUCAAGCACAUGUGUGCACCGGAGUGUGUUUUUAGCAAGCGUGUGUCAAGGCACGCAACCAGCAACGUUUUUUACUCAUCCUGAUCGAUUGUCAGCUCAAAGACACACACACACACACACCAACAUGCUGCCGCCGUGAGCUCUUGUGAGGUUUUGAAAGGCCUGCUCUUUUUGUGUCUUAUGUUCACCAGUUCACAGUUCACCUCUUUUUUUGCUGCGGUGGUCACUUCUGUGCUGACGGACAGACACACAUACUGUACACACAGAGUCAGAUGCACUUGCCUUUUAGCCCGUUGCAUGUCAGACCCCGUCAGCAGUUACUGCCACCUAGAAGUGCCGUGGGUAGGUGUGCAUGCAUGCCAUGCGUGUGUGUGAGUGUGUGCAGGGUUAUGUAUGCACUCAGAUAAUUCAGCCACCACGGUUGCGUGUGUGCUCUACGUUUUGCUUUACAGUUAUUGUUCCACAUGCAAAGUGACGAUCCAUUCAUUUCCCAUUUACCGAUCGGCUUCUUUAACAGAACAUGUGUGAAAUAAUCUGCAGCGUCUUGAGGAAUGAGGGAGCUCGUGCUGUAAACAUUCAUUUGAUGUUGACGCUGUGGGUCACACCAAAUCUUUUGAUCGGUAGAUGUUUGGAUGAAUUCACCUCUGGGGUGUACGAGAUGAGGUGUGUGAGAGCAGCAGCUUUGGGAUUCUCAGAACAAGCAGCGCGCAGUUGGUUUGCAUCACAGGCGACGUUGAUCUCUUGAGCUGACAGGUUUGGACGGGCUGCUUUGGUGAAGCGGAACAAAGACGUUUUGUUUUUUCAGAUAUGCAACAGUAAUUAACAAACUUUGACCUCGUUGGAUUGGCUUUGUUUUCCCCCAAUUCCACAUCACUAACUUCUUUCCCGAAUCCAUUGUGUGGCUUACAACCUGCAGGGAUUAGACAGCGUGUGUUUAUUCACAGAGGUGAUUCGCCAGUCAGCGCCCCGACUGACAGAAUGAAUGACGAGAAAGAUCUGAAUGGAGCGAAAGCUGCUGAAUCAGUGGUGGGGUAGUUGUACAUAAUGGACAGCAGUUGACUGAGCUGGUAGUAAACGAUUCCCUGAGCUUCUCUCAGUCCAUGCAGGCAUUCAUUCUGAAUUCAUGAAGCAUUUCAGGCUGCAGCAGCGCAGGUGUGCUGCUGUUUUACUGAUUGAAAAGCUAAGUGUUGCGUGAUUCUAUUUAGAAAAAUAGAUAAAAAGUUCAUUUGACUGAUAAAUUGAAACUCUCACAGCCUCAAAGCGAUGCAGGAUAAUAGAUAUCAUCGAUGUCAGACGUGUCUUCAGGUCUGCGCAUGGCCACAGCUGGGCUGAAUGUAUCUGCUGGUUACCCCUCAGGUGCUGACCUCAGCUCAGUUUUUAUUCUCCUCAUAUCUGGGAAUGGCUUUAAAUUGGUAAGUGCUCACAACACUUCAACGGCUGUUGGGAGCAUCCUCACUAUAAUUUAAUAAACAGGAUGCUGGGAACGACUUUUCCACCCAACUACCAGUGAACCAUAAAACAGCCAUUCUCCAGGAAAAGUAGGAGUAAAAUGUGGUUAAUAGCCCCAGAAAAACGUAAAACGUAGUGGUUGGGCGGGGCACAAAGCUAUGUUUGAAACCGAGAAAAACAGCAAACAGUAACUUAGAGAAACACCAACAUUGUUUUCUUCAGAAGCUGUUCUGAGUUCAGCGUCUAGGGGCAAACCCCUCCUCGCCCUCCUCCUUUAAUCAGCUGAAUAAAGCUUUACUACUGCAAUAAUCUUAAGAGCUAACCAAUGAGGGGAGAGAUGAAUGUAACGGACAACUUAUCUCUCCAAACAGCUGUGUUGUUUGAUCAGUUUGAAUGGGAUCAGUGUAUUUUAGCCCUAUUCUUGACUUUAUUUGUAAGUAACAGAGCACAGUCACAGAUUCUUUAGAACAUUUUUUCCUCCCUCUCUUCAUCCUUUUUAAUCCUUUUAUUAACUUUUUCUCCUCAGCCGUUGCUUUCCAGCUCACGCCUCUCUUUUCUGUGCCAUUGUCACACAGCUAAAGUCUUAAUGCUCGAUCAGUCUUAUUUUUUAACUCUGUACAGUCAUCAACAAGUUUAUAAAGAAGAAACUCAGAGCAAUAUUCUUUUUUUUUGAGUCUGUCUCUUAGUAUUUCCAUCUUGUUACUGUAAAUAGCAGAAGAAUGAUAGUGAUGAUGACGAUGAUGAUCACUGACAUGCUGAAGAGGCUUGGCACCACUGGUAGAGCGGCGACCGAUGGUUCGAAGGAACAUGCCGUCAUGUGUGAAGACAACAUGGCGGCGCGUUGCCUGUAACCAUUGGCAACCUCUAUCCGAACACGGGAUGACAAGCUUCCAUUAUUUAGUCUCUGAUUGUAGUGUGUGUGUAUGUAACAUUUGUAUGCACUGUAAAUGCGUUUGGCUUUUAAACCUGUAAUUAUUGUUCAUGACCUGAAACAGAGGAAUAAAUAAAGAACCGCAAUAAAUUAUUCUAAUUAACAGUGAGACAGCUGCCAGAGUCGUUACUGCGUUGGUCGACAGAAGACGGUUUUUCUGGGGGUGGUGCUGUGCUCGUUCUCCCUCUGGCUCUUCUCUUUUUUUUCUCCUUCUUUGCAGAAUGGCACUCCUCAUGUGUUUGAGCAAGAAAACCACAGGAAAUAUUAGAAAAGAACUGCCAACCCCAGAAACACACAUACACUGAGCAUGCAA